AUGGCGGCUCUUCCACCACUCCCUCUGCCCGCUGGCAUAACGUCGAGACAGGUUGAUACGGCGCCCCGUGGACUAUCUUUCCAUAUACUUGAAGCAGGAUACACCCCGGGCCAUGAUCGGCCGCUUAUCCUACUGCUGCACGGCUUUCCAGAACUCGCCUUCUCGUGGCGGAAAGUGAUGCCUCUGCUUGCCAGUGCCGGCUACUACGUCGUUGCUCCAGACCAGCGUGGCUUCGGGCGCACAACCGGAUGGGACACUCGAGAUUUUGACAAUGUCGAUCUAUGUGACUUUGCAGUGAUGAAUCUCGUCCGGGAUACGAUUGUGUUGGUUCACGCCCUUGGAUAUAAGGGGGUAGAGUGUGUUGUGGGCCAUGACUUCGGCGCCGUAGUGGCUGGGUUUUGUGCUGUUGCGAGGCCGGAUUUCUUCAGGCGGGUAGCGUUCAUGAGCCAUCCAUUCGUGGGAUCUCCAGAGCUCUCAAUCACUCAAAAACAAGAUACAAUCCACCAAGACCUGGCUGAAUUGAAUCGAAAACACUACAAGUGGUAUUUCUCCACACGGCCGGCGAACUCUGAUAUGAGCAGGCCAGAACAGGGCCUGCAUGCAUUUCUACGCGGGUACUUCUAUCUCAAGAGCGCCUCUUGGCCACAUAACAAGCCUAACGAACUUCAAGGAUGGACGGCCUCUGAGCUAUCAAAGAUGCCAGAUUACUACGUCAUGCCCCUCAACGCAACAAUGCCCCAAGCUGUUGCACUCCAUGUGGCCGCAGAUGGCGCCCUCCCUGUACAGGCAUCUCAAGCAUGGUUACCAGACUCUGAAUUGUCCGUCUACGCGGACGAAUUCUCACGUACGGGAUUCCAGGGUGGCCUGAACUGGUACCGCGUGGCAACUUCGUCGGUUCCGGACUACAAACGGGAUCUCGACAUCUUUGCCGGUAGAAAGAUUGAAUGUCCCUGCCUUUAUAUCGGAGGAGCAAAGGACUGGGGGACAUAUCAAGUGCCCGGAGCUAUAGAAAAGCUAGCUAACAAUGUGUGUGAUGACUUUUGUGAAGUCAUAGUCGACGACGCAGGGCAUUGGCCAGCGCAAGAGAAACCCCAGGAAGUUGUGGAUGCCCUCAUUGCGUUUAUCCAUUGGCAAUAG